AGGCGAGCGGCGCCGUUGGUCGUACAUCCUCUUGCUGCCGUCGCCGCCGGUGGGAUUCGGGCUGCGCAGCGUCUCGCGCCGCGCCGCGCCCCCCGCGCCCCCGCCAGGACCAGCCCGGCCGUUGUGCGCGCCCGACCCUGCGAUGAGGCUGAGCAGCCGCGGCCGGGGAUGCUGCGCGGCGGGUGGCAGAGAGCGCGGCCCGCCCCCGCCGCCGCCGCGGAGCCCCUUCGUGCACCAGCUGCGCCUCAGCGCCCUGCAGAAAGCCAAGAUUGCCUUCAUGACCUUGACUUUGUUCCCCAUCCGACUCUUUUUUGCUGCUUUUAUGAUGUUAUUGGCCUGGCCUUUUGCAUUCAUUGCUUCAAUGGGAUCUGCUGAGAGAGAACUGGAAAAGCCCCUCUCCUGGUGGCGAAAAGUAGUGGACUUUUUGCUGAAAGCAAUCAUGAGAACAAUGUGGCUUGCUGGAGGAUUCCAUUGGAUAAAUGUAAAGGGCAGACAGGCUUUACCAGCAGAAGCAGCAAUAUUAACUCUGGCUCCACAUUCCUCAUACUUCGAUGCCAUUCCUGUGACCAUGACUAUGGCUUCCGUUGUGAUGAAGGCAGAAAGCAAAGAUAUUCCUGUAUGGGGAACUUUAAUAAAAUAUAUACGACCAGUAUUUGUAUCUCGGUCAGACCAAGAUUCUCGCAGAAAAACUGUUGAAGAGAUAAAGAGACGUGCUCAAUCUGAUGGCAAAUGGCCACAGAUAAUGAUAUUCCCAGAAGGAACUUGCACAAACCGAUCUUGUCUAAUUACCUUCAAGCCUGGAGCAUUUAUUCCUGGAGUUCCUGUCCAGCCAGUAGUUUUGCGUUAUCCGAACAAAUUGGAUACGAUCACUUGGACCUGGCAAGGUCCAGGAGCGCUGGAAAUUCUGUGGCUUACUUUGUGUCAGUUUCACAAUUUUGUGGAAAUUGAGUUCCUACCUGUUUAUAUACCUUCAGAAGAGGAAAAGAAAAACCCAUCUUUGUAUGCAAAUAAUGUCAGACGUGUAAUGGCAGAGGCCUUGGGAGUUUCAGUAACAGACUACACAUUUGAAGACUGCCAGCUAGCUUUGGCUGAAGGACAACUUCGUCUGCCUUCAAACACCUGCCUUUUAGAAUUUGCAAAGCUUGUGAGAAGCCUUGGGCUGAAACCAGAGAAGCUUGAAAAAGAUCUUGAUAGAUAUUCUCAAAGUGCCAAGAAAAUGAAAGGGAAAAGAGUCAGUCUUAAAGAGCUUGCUGCAUACUUGGAAGUCCCAGUUUCUGACACAUUAGAAAACAUGUUUGCUCUUUUUGUCGAGAAUGAAGAUGGUGUAAUUGAUCUACGGGAAUAUGUGACUGCUCUAUCUGUAGUAUGUAGGCCAUCCAAAACUUUAGAAACAAUUCAGUUGGCAUUUAAGAUGUAUGAAUCACAGAAUGGAACCAUAAUAGAAAACAACUUAGCUUGCAUUCUGAAGACUUCCUUGGGUGUGUCAGAGCUUAAUGUAACAGACCUUUUUAAAGCUAUAGAUGCAGAAGAAAAAGGGGAAAUCACAUAUGAUGACUUCUACAGAUAUACAGAAAUGUAUCCAGACUUUGCAGAAGAGUAUCUGUACCAUGAUCAGAUGGAAGUUGAGAAUUGUUUGAAGACUUCUCUUCCAGCCCCUAAUGGAUUCUGUACUGACUUCAGCCCAGAAAAUGCUGACGAUAAAAAGAAUCCCCUGCAGAAGAAACUGAAUUAAUACUGCAGCCAUCCUACUCCUCUCCUGGUGAGAGGAAUAUUUCCUUUCCUGGAAUCUUCAUAGUCACUCCAACUAUACAGCAACUAUAACUUUUGUGUGUGAAAGAUUUACUACCUUAAUACUGUUCUUUAAUUCCCACAUGCUGUAUUUAUCAAUAUCUUCAAGUUUAAUUGUCAGGAGAUGGGUUUUAUUUUAUUUUUUUCAGAAAGGUCUUUGAAAGCCAAUAAUGUGAUGUGCUUCAUUAUUAAUGUGCAUACUUAAAGGGAAGCUACAUAUUUAUUUAUAUUUGAUUGGUUAGUUUCAUGUACAGAAUGUUGCACAAAGUGUGCAUGUAUAAUGAAUUGUAGCUAAUAUGGUGGUGAGUGCACUUUGGUGAUUAGUUUUUUUCCCUGUUUAGGAAGAUAUUUAUUUAGGGCCAGAUCUGCUGUCCUUAUUCACAUAGCAGUCUCACCAAUUUCCAGUAGGAUUAUUCUCAUGAGAAAAGCAAGCACAUUUGGGCCCCUUGUGUUGGUUUCAGUAAAUAAUGCAAGAAACAA